AUGGCCAACGCUGAGCUAACUUUGUAUUAUUUUGAUACGAAAGGUCGGGCCGAAGUUGCUCGAUUGAUUCUGGCAGCAGCAGGAAAAGAAUUCACAGAUAUCCGAUUUUCAUUAGAGAAUUGGCCAGAGUAUAAAAUACUAGCACCAUUUGGCCAGUGUCCAUUUAUUAAAGUCGAUGACAAAAUAUUUGCCCAGAGUUUGGCAAUUAACCUCUUCUUAGCUCGGGAAUUUGGCUUCUAUGGUGAAACAAAUCUGGAAGCACUGGAAAUCGACCAAAUAACUCAACUAGUUGAGGACUUAGUCAGCUGUUGUUUAGAUGCAAUUCACAUGGACAACGGAGAGGAGAAAAAAAAAGAGAUUGAGAAAAUAAAAGUAAACAAGAGUCCCAAAUUUCUGGAAAACUUUGAGAAGCUUCUGAAAGAAAAUGGUACUGGCUUUUUCGUGGGAGAUCGUCUCACUUUGGCUGAUAUUGCAGUGUUUGAUGUAAUCACCGGAAUGCUGAAGGGCUACGUUGAUGUCAACGACAAUUUCCCGCUUCUGCUGAAGCAUGUCGAGCUGGUCAAAGCACACAGCAAGAUAGGUCCUUAUGUGACAUCUAGACCAGACACCGAGUUGUAG